AUGUAAAACAAUAAAAUUGGAAUUUUUGACUACAUGAUGGCUUCCCUUGUGAAUUGUAGUUUAAUAAGAUCUUAAAAGGGAAUACUAUUACUGAAAUUAGUGAUCCUGUGUCUAAUGAUAAGCAAUGGAAAUUAGACAAAAAUGGUGUAUAGGAAUUUUUUUAGCAACCCACUCAUCUAAAAUAAUGGUAGUAUAUUAGAAAAAUAAUAGAUUGGAAGAAGAUAAAUAAAGAUUUAAAUUAUCAAUAUGAUAUUACGUCUUGUGGAAGUUCAAGAAUUUUAUUUAUUGACAAUAUGGCCACGCAAUAUAAUGUUUUAGUUCAUAAAUCAUUUGGUUUAGAUUCUCAUGAUCAACUUUCGAUUGAGUUGAAACUUUGGAAGUAAUAAUAUUAAUAAAUAUAGAAUUGAUAACUGGAAUAGCAAUACUUUUCUAAUUUAUAUAGAUAAUGAAAUCAUCUAUAAUGAAAUUUUAUCUUGUUCGUCAAAUGCAAUAAAUAGUUGCGGUGAUUCACAAAAUGACGAAGUUACAUUCAUAUCAAAGACUAUUGUGCACGAUCGCCCUUCUAUGUAAAUAGUAAUGCUUGGCUAAAAUGGAAAAUGGGGCAUUUCAGAAUUUAUCUUAAACAUAGAAGAAGCCAUAACCGAAAUUUCAUUUUUUGAUCUUAAUACUUUGUUGGUUUAGAAGCUGUUUAUGCAAUCAUUCACUUCAACUUAGUUUUUUUCCAUAAAUAUUUCAGAUUAAUGGGAAUAUUAAGGAACAGCUUCCAACCGUGUAGAUUUUUGCCAUGGUAAAUUAAACAAAUAAAAUAGACCUCUACUACCAUUAAUCGUAGGGAUUAUCAUUUGAAAAAUAAAUUACUUUACCAAACCAUGUUGCUAUUAGUUUGAAAUUAAAAGUUAUGAUUUUCAAUUCUAACUAAACAAGCAUCACUCUUAAAAUAGAUGACAUUGUUGUACAAUAAUGGUCAUAUUAAUAGUAAUGGGUAAAUUAUAUUCAUACUGAUACAACUUAUGAUGGAUACUGGUAUCAUUACACAUAAUAUUAUCAAAUAUUAUCAUUCCAAUCCUUCAAUUAAAAUCACAAUAGUAGUGGCCUCAACAGAUUCAGUUUAUACCCCUUGGGCUCCAUGGAUUGGGAUUCGAGAAUUUCAACUUUUCGUUAUAUCAAUUUCUACCGUCAAUAUUUGUGA